AUGAACGUAUCAUCCCUUAUUAGUGCCAACAUCGAUUUCAAUGUAACCAAUGUGCCAACAUCUGUUGAGGUAAUGAAUGAUGCAAUGGAACUUCUUGAAAAGACUCAAAAUGCCAGUGGACUUGUACUAGGAGGCGCAGGCAUUAAGGUUCUAUUGAAGUUGGUGGCGCGUGGGUCGCGGCCUCCGCAAUCGUCCAUGCGAAAUUGGUUGACAUUAGAAACAUUGAGGGAGGAGAUUAGCAUUCCUGGAAUACUUGCCCUGCUCGAAUCUUAUCCAAACCUCGAGAAACUUUUUAUAGAGUGUUGUGAUUCUUACAAGGAAUCUGCCAGGACAUGGACCCCUGCUACAAGGGACGAUUUGCAUCUCGACUUAGUGCACUUGAAGACUGUUCGUUUAUUUGCUGUUGCUGAUCCCAAUUUAGGCGGUGAGCCGAUGCUUACGUUGGCCUGA